ACAGGACCUGAGGAAAGAGACCUAAAGGCCAUCAAUCUACCGCUCGCCUUCGGGCGGGCGAAGCGCGGGCGGGGGAAGAGGAUAAGCGAAAGGCGAGGGCGUGCGUAGCGCGGUCUCUCCAAGCGGCGUAGUCGGGCGCUUAGGCGCGCGUUUAGCACCGCGUCUCGCCUUGAGAUCCCUCCACUUGAGCUUAGGCGCCUCCUUGUCCUUAGGCAGACGCGGAGUCCCGGUCAGAGCCUCACUCGAGCGGAGACGCUCUGGGGCGCAGCUACUCCGGCGCUUCCUCGCUGCUCCGGCUAAAGCGGGCACCAUGGACCAUGGCCCCAAAGAAGGGGACGCUGCCGGGCCGACUGCUGGCGAUGCCGCGCGAGGAAAUGUCGCCGCCGCCACCACUGCCGCCUCCUCCUCCUCCGGCGGCGUGGUAGUGCAAGUGCGCGAGAAGAAGGGACCCUUGCGUGCCGCCAUCCCCUACAUGCCGUUCCCUGUAGCAGUCCUCUGUUUAUUCCUCAACACCUUCGUACCUGGACUAGGGACAUUUGUAUCAGCUUUCACAGUGCUGUGUGGAGCCCGGACUGAUCUCCCUGACAGACACAUUUGUUGUGUGUUCUGGUUGAACAUUGCAGCAGCUCUGAUUCAGAUUCUUACAGCAAUUGUGAUGGUUGGCUGGAUCAUGAGUAUAUUUUGGGGGAUGGACAUGGUCAUUCUUGCCAUUUCACAAGGAAAGGCAAUGACUAUGUCUAAAGUUGCUGGAAAUCCUUAUCUUCUAUUCAGCAGAGCGGAGGUGUAGAUCAGCAGAGAGUGACCUUCACUGAUCACUUGGACAGCUAAUGCUGCUUAUGGAGACUCCGACAUGUGGAUUUUUGAACUGGCACAGUCAACAUGACAGGAUGACAGGCAAGCCGUUCCAAAAGUGAGAGAAAGCCACUGAUUAGGUAGGGAUACGGCUGAGGAGGAAGAUAACAUUUGAGCAAACAUCACUGAAGAAGUUGCAUUUUUUUUCCAUCUUAUGGAUGAACUACAUGGGAAAUAUUUCACUUCCUUUGCGACUCCUUGAGGAAAUGUCCUGAUGUAAAUAUCAAGAAGCAGAGGAAAUAUUGGUAGAUAAUGUGCAAUAUAUCAAAGCAAACAUUUGAAGGGAGAUUCCCACUCCCCAAAGGCAUUCCUUUGGUGCAGGAAAGUUCAAGUUGUGACUUACCUGCUUGUGUAUGUACUUGUGGAUUUUUUUUGGGUGCUUGUUUAAUAACUGUUUUCUGCAACCAAUUUAAGAUUCUGCUUACUGCUUUCGUAAAUCCUGUCACUAUAGCUUACCUGUUCAUGCAUUUUGCCACCUUUUACCUACUGAAUGUUGGAAAGAAGCUGUGAAAUCUUUGUCUAACAAGAAGCAAGAAUUUGGCUGUUGCUAAAUUUUAUUAUCCACCAUAACUUUUACAGAUGUUUUAUUUUAAAAUGUGGGGACUGGGUUUUAAGAGAUUAUUAUAUGGAGACACUUUUUAUUAUAUACUAUGGAAAAUUAAAGAAGAAAGAAGUACCCUUAUCUGCUCCCUCAAAGAAAACUGUGCCAGUAAAUGUUAACUGUAUAUUGGGAAUGUGCAUAUAAAUGAUGGAUAGUAUUUGUAGCUGAGCUGCAGUAAAGGUGUGCUAUCUCUUUCCUGGUACGUGUGCCCAUUGGGUUAAUUACAGGUAAAACAAAUUAAUACUUUUAAGAUACAUACAAAAAUAAGGCUGACAAUUUAUUGAAGUUAACAGAAGCAAAACCCUGUUGUGGAAUUUGUUGAGCAGAAUUCCAUUGUGUUGUUACUUAUACAUUCCAAGACCUCAUAAGAACUUAAUUGGUUAUGACUAUUGGUGUUUUUAUCAAUCAUGAUGAGAAGAGUUUAAUAGACAAAUUCCAGUCCUUGUUCACCCAUGAUGACCUCGGUUCACUUGUUUUUUCAGCCAUAAUGUCAUUAGUUUGUUUUGAAGUCAAAAUAGGUGUAUGUGUGUGAAAAUCAUUUAUGUUGCCUGAAUGGUAAAAUAAACAUAUAAUAUUGUGAGUGAAACACGAUGCUCUUUUCUGUUCAGAAAAACAUUUUCAGGAACUGGAAAUCAGCUACCAUAAAGGAGGCUUGAAAGUUCUCUCAGUUCUGCUAAACUUUUUUUUUUGCUCAUACAUGAACCAGUUAGCAACAACUAUUUUAUUCUUCUACAGAUAAUCAUGGGUUUUUUUAGUGUCAGAUUUGAAUUACUGCUGUUGUACUCAAAAUAUUCAUUGCCUUUCGUUUUAAAUGUAUUAUUGGUUAUUGGUUUGCUACCCAACCUUGAGUUAAUUAAAAGGCAUAAUGGAAGUAUCGUGUCAUAAAUAAGAGAGCUAGCAUAUGCAGAGAAUUAAAUUAAAAAUCCAGAAAUCUGUAAUUUUAUACUUAAAACACUGUAGGACCAAUUCUGAUACUGCAGCCCACCUUACACCAGGUUUGUGAAAACUCUAAUAAAACUCAGCCCUGAAAAGCUGUGCAAUCUCCAUGCCUGUGACAAGAAAAAAGAUACUUUGGAGGUUAUGGUUCUGCCUAGCCUUUGAAAGUGAACUUUGCCACAUAACAAGAACAAGUUAAAUCUUCCUUGUAAAUAAAAUAGCCAUCUCUUUUAUUGAGCUCAGCCUCUUUUCUUUCACCCAGUGAAGUCACUGGACAUGAACCCAAAUCUACUUCAUAAGGAAUAAUCACAAAUAUCCCUUUUUCUUUAUCUUUUUGCUUAUAAACAGAGAAUCCUAAUUAAUCUCUUGCAGUAAAGCAAAGGAAAAUUGUUUAACGCCCUCAAGUAUCACAGCAUUGCCACAGAUGGAUUGACCAACCAGCCUCAAUUUCUAGUCCUUAAUGGAACUGCAUCUACAUGAAGGGAAGUAUGCAGUGAAGUACCUCAUUACCUCAAGGUUCUUUCUUGAGUCCAGUACUCUUCAACAUCUUUAUAAACAAUUUAGAUAAGGGGAUAAAAGAGGAACUCAUCAAAUUUGCAGACAACCCCAAGCUGGCAGGAAUAGUCAACACUCCAAAAGAUAGGCUAAAGAUCCAGUAGGAUCUCAACACACCUGAAAACUAGGCCCUAUCAAACAAAAUGAAAUUCAAUGCUGAGAAAAGUAAGGUGUCGUACUUAAUCAAGAAAAAACAGGUAUAGAAUAGGUAGUAUUUGGCUCAACAGCAGUAAUUAUGAGAGUUCUGUUGGAUAGCUACUUAAAUAUGAGCCAGCAGUGUUCUGCAGCUUCCAAAAAAACCCAACAUAGUUCUAGGCUGCAUUAACAGAGGGAUAGAAUCAAGUUCACAUGAAGUGUAAGUACUGUUUUAUAAUGACUUGGUAGGACCACACUUGGAAUAUUGCCAGUUGGAAGCAGUUUUGGUAGCCACAAUGUAAAAAAGAUGUUGAAACUCUGGAAAGAGUACAAACAAGAGCAACAAAGCUGAUUAGGGGACUGAAGGCUAAAUCAUAUGAAGAACUGUUGCAGGAAUUGUGUAUGUUUAGUCUAGGGGUGUCAACUGCUGGACCGCAGGCUGGUUUCAUCAUACCAAAGCCUCGCCCACCCUAUUGCUGGCAAUGCAAAAAGAGCCGCGAUAUGUCACAACACAUCACGUGACGUGGCGAGUUUGAUCCCCGUGGUCUAGUCCAAUGAUAAGAAGCACUAAGGGUGACAUUAUA